UUUUAUUGCCGCGAGAUGACGAUCUAACGCCGAAGAUAUCACAGAGUCAAGGUAACAUCACCACCGUCGAUUCGGUUGACCAAAACCGAAGCACGUGAAAAUGAUAGCAGAAAGACCUUGCUAACCCGCCCGAUUACCAAGCCUCAGUUUCUCCCUCUCUCUCUCUGUCUCUCUCUGCGUGAAACCCUAGACAGGCUUCAGUUUACUUGUGUGAGAUCCUCGGGGCUUCUAAAUUCUCGGGCUUUUCAUCUCGCUACAGAAAGUUCAUAUGCUGGGUUUGUGAACUUCUAUUUUCAAUACCCAUUUCUCCAUCAGGGUCGCUGGGGUAAUAGGAUGGAUUCAGAAUCCGCUGAUUCAUCGACUGCUCCUCAAACUAAAGCUCCUCAGGCACAACCUCCUGCUGCCACGGACUCUGGAUCAGAUUCUCAGGAUGUGCCAAAUAAGCCAUUUUCUUCUGGCUUGUCAUCAUGGGCCAAAAAUCUGAAAAUUCCUCAGCCAAUAGCACCAAUGCAGGACAGCUCUACAACUGGGAAUGCUGGACAAUCACCCUUUGCACGCUUUACUAGUGGGUUAGGAUUGCGCUUGUCUCCAAAAGCUCCAUCGGCAGAUGAGGGUUCAAGUGGAAGUCCAACAACUCAGCAACCUGGUUUUAUUGGAACAAUUACAAAAGGCAUAGCUGAUUCUUCUAAGAGUGUGGUGAAGGCUGUUCAGGUUAAGGCCCGACAUGUUGUCUCCCAAAACAAACGAAGAUACCAGGAAGGAGGAUUUGAUUUGGACAUGACUUAUAUUACAGAGAACAUUAUUGCUAUGGGAUUCCCUGCUGGUGAUAUGAGCUCUGGGUUUCUAGGAUAUGUUGAGGGAUUCUACAGAAAUCAUAUGGAAGAAGUGAUUAAGUUCUUUGAAACUCAUCAUCAGGGCAAGUACAAAGUUUAUAACCUUUGUUCUGAAAGGCUGUAUGACGCAUCCUUAUUUGAAGGAAAGGUGGCUAGUUUUCCGUUCGAUGACCAUAAUUGCCCACCAAUUCAGCUAAUAACGUUGUUUUGUCGAAGCGCUUAUUCAUGGUUGAAAGAGGAUAUUGAGAAUGUUGUCGUCGUGCAUUGCAAGGCUGGAAUGGCAAGAACAGGAUUGAUGAUUUCCAGUCUUCUUCUUUACUUGAAGUUUUUUCCAACCGCUGAGGAGUCUAUUGACUACUACAACCAGAAAAGAUGUAUUGAUGGAAAGGGGCUUGUUCUUCCAAGUCAGAUUAGGUACGUUAAAUAUUUCGAGCGCAUCUUAACGUACUUCAAUGGUGAAAACCCACCGGGGCGCAGGUGCAUGCUUAGGGGCUUCCGGCUUCAUAGGUGCCCAUACUGGAUCAGGCCCUCCAUUACUGUUUCUGAUCAUAAUGGUGUUCUCUUUUCCACGAAAGAGCAUCCAAGAACCAAGGGUCUUUCGCCAGAAGAUUAUUGGUUUUCUGCUCCAAAGAAGGGUGUAAUGGUCUUUGCGCUGCCGGGGGAACUUGGCUUGACAGAGUUAGUUGGGGACUUCAAAAUCCAUUUUCAUGAUCGUCAAGGAGAUUUUUACUGCUGGUUGAACACAACGAUGACUGAAAAUAGAAAAGUUUUAACCAACAACGAUCUGGAUGGGUUUGACAAGAGAAAACUUCCUUCCCCGGGAUUUCAGGUUGAAGUGGUUUUAGUGGAUUAUAACGGCAAUGUCCCUAUGACACCUAACACUGAAACUUCUACUAAGAAACCGGAUGAAAGCUCAGGUACCAAUACUUCCUCAGAUGACGGGGGUACAGCUGCUCCACAAGAAAGUAAAAGCCCAGGAAAUCAAGAUAAGGAUGAUGUGUUUUCAGACAGUGAGGCAGAGGAAUCUGGCUCUUCCAAGAGCCGGCAAGCAGAAGCAACUUCAGCAGCAGCAGGUGGAACUGUGGCCAGUACAACCACCAGUUCUGAGUCUAAUACCAAAUCAGAUCAAAUUGCAAGUUUAACACAUGCGACUAAACAAGUUUCUAUUGGAAACGUGGACUCGAAACAGGUACCUGCUGCGAGUGAGCCAAAAGUUUCUGUUGGUGGUGGAAAUGUCCCAGGCCUCGAGGCUCCAAACUCGGAAAGUGAAUUUAAGGCAAUGGCCGCGGAUGCCUCUGUUUUCACGUUUGGAGAUGAUGACGACUAUGAAAGUGAGUAAAUCAGGGGGUUGACGUUGGUGCCUGGAACUUAGGGAAUCUGUACAUAGUAUGGUUUGCAAGCUUUAAGUCCAGCAGUUGCUGAUAAUAGGUCAUGUUCAAUCCAUUCGUU